AUGUUCCCCAGGAUCUCCCGGCUCGGGGCGCGUCUCCUGCGCGAGCCGAGAGCCGAGACGAGAGCUGGAAACUUGCUAAACAGUGGAGGCAUUUUGUAUCAAGGUCAUGUUAACCGGCAUUCGACCCCAGUGGUGACUCCUACUGUAUUAUCGUUGCGGAAUGUCCUUUUGUCAACUGCAACAAGUGGUGAUCAGGAUGAAAGCAGUCAGGCAAAGGAUAAAAUCUCAGUAACAUUUGUCAACAAGGAUGGCUCAGAAAAGACGAUAAGUGUUCCAAUUGGAAUGUCCAUGUUAGAAGCUGCUCAUGAAAACGACAUAGAGCUUGAAGGAGCAUGUGAGGGCUCACUUGCGUGUUCUACUUGUCAUGUAAUAGUAAUGGAUGUAAACUAUUAUAACAAGUUAGAAGAUCCAGCAGAUGAAGAAAAUGAUAUGCUUGACCUUGCAUUUGGGCUCACAGAAACAUCACGCCUUGGCUGCCAAGUGAUUGCGAAGCCUGAACUUGAUGGUAUGCGGCUAGCAUUACCUGUAGCCACAAGAAACUUCGCAGUAGAUGGCUAUGUACCGAAACCACACUGA